CGCCCUUUAUUGUAGCAGAAGCAACAUCGAAAUCAUCAACUGUGACUGUGUAUUUGUUUCAGCAAAAAUCUGAAGUUUUCAAGUGUCGGAGUGUUGGUUUCGGUAUAAUCGGAAAUAAAUUAUUGUAGGAGAAGUUUUGACAGGAAUUUUGUUUUGAUUUUCCCAGGUACGUAAGCAAUGGCAGAACGACCUGAAGACUUAAACCUUCCCAACUCAAUAGUAGCAAGAAUCAUAAAAGAAUCCUUGCCAGAAGGUGUUAAUGUGUCUAAAGAGGCUAGAACCGCCAUUGCUAAAGCUGCUUCUGUAUUUGUUCUCUAUUGCACAUCAUGCUCUAACAAUCUGGCUAUGAAAGCUAACAGAAAGAUCAUCAGUGGCCCGGAUGUCCUGGGAGCAAUGGCUGACAUGGAAUUUGAAAGAUUUAUUGAACCACUACAGGCUUCUCUUGAAGUGUACAAGAAAGCACAGAAGGAACGCAAAGAAGCUAUGGCUAAACGGAAACAGGAAAAAUCCGACAAAAAACCGGAAGAUAUUGAAGAAGGAUCAGAUGAAGGUGGAGAAAAUGAUAAUGGAAAUGAUAAUGAAAAUGACAAUGAAAAUGAUAAUGAAAAUGAAAAGGAGAAUGAGGAUGAAGAAGUGGAUGAAUGAUCUUAAAUGACAAAAAAAUGUGUGAUAAAAUUUGUAUUCGCACGACAAAAAAAUUAAUAAAAGAAAAAAAAACACGA